UAUCAGAACUGUGUGGUUACGUUUGAAACCCAGCAAGUAACUCAAAUGAAUGCUAAGAAUUUGCGGAGAAAUGAAAGUGAAAGUCGCCAGGAAAGUGUACUGACUGCUUUUGCAGCCGUUGCAAUACCACGAAUAACGCGUUAUCUCUGACCCGAUUACUUGGGCUACCUCUCUUUCAGUUUUGCUCUUCGUUGCCAAGAGAAGAAAAUAAAGAUGGACAUUGACGAAGGAUUUUAUUCCCGGCAGCUGUACGUCCUCGGUCAUGAUGCUAUGCGACGGAUGGGUGAAGCUGACAUACUUAUUGCGGGGAUGCGUGGUCUUGGUGUAGAGGUAGCCAAGAAUGUUAUUCUUGCCGGUGUUCGUUCCGUCUUGGUGCAAGAUGAGGGAAUGGUGGAAUGGAAUGACCUGUCGUCUCAGUUUUAUUGUAAGGAGGCUGACCUGGGCCGGAAUAGAGCCCAGAGCUGUGUCAGCUGUCUGGCCCGUCUCAAUGCUCAUGUGUCAGUGGAGGCUCAUAGUGGACCGUUGGAGGAAGGCCUGCUCAGUCAGUUCCAGGUGGUGGUUCUGACAAAUUCUUCACUUGAUGAACAGAAGCGUAUUGGAGACUUUUGUCACUCCAGGAACAUCAAACUUGUCAUUGCUGAUACUAAAGGACUUUGUGGCCAGCUGUUCUGUGAUUUUGGAGAGCAGUUUAGGGUUUUGGAUUGUGAUGGAGAGACUCCUCUCUCUGUCAUGGUGGACUCGAUCACAAAGGGAAACCCUGGCAAGGUGACGUGUACUGAGGAGCAUGACUUUGUGGAUGUCACCCAUGUCACCUUCUCUGGGGUGCAAGGCAUGGUGGAGCUUAACACCUGUGGGCCUGUAGAAAUCCAGAUACUGGAUGACUACUCCUUCAGUAUCUGUGACACCUCACGUUUCUCGGCCUAUGAGAAAGGUGGAGUGGCAUCAGAAGUGAAGAAGGCAGCAACUAUAACAUUUAAAUCCUUUUGUGUGGCUCUGGAGGAAGCCGUGAGGAGUUCCGAGAUGAUGGUACCGACUGACUACGGCAAGCUGGAGGAACAUCGCACCCUACACAUUGCCUUCCAGGCUCUACACCAGUUUGAGAAAAGCACAGGGCACUUACCAAGCUCCAGGUCAAAGGUGGAUGCUGAUAGGCUGGUAACCAUGGCGAGGGCGUGCAGUGGGGCGUCCAGUCUGGAGGAGCUGCAUGAGGGCGUGGUGAGGAAGCUGGCCAUGAGUUGCCGCGGUGACUUGGCCCCCAUCAAUGCCUUCAUCGGAGGACUAGCUGCCCAGGAGGUUAUGAAGGCCUGUAGUGGGAAGUUCACUCCCCUGUGUCAGUGGCUGUACUUUGACGCAUUUGAAUGUCUCCCGGAGGAAGAGGAGGAUAAGGAAGAGGCCCUAACAGAAGACAUGUGUGGACCGAAAGGGUGCCGUUAUGAUGGACAGAUUGCCGUGUUUGGCUCAGCCUUUCAGGACAAGCUGGCCAGGAUGAGGUAUUUCAUGGUUGGUGCUGGUGCCAUCGGCUGCGAGCUGCUAAAGAAUUUCGCCCUGAUUGGCCUAGGAGCUGGAGAGGGCGGGCACAUCACGGUGACUGACAUGGACUCCAUUGAGCGAUCGAACCUCAAUCGACAGUUUUUGUUCAGGUCUCAGGACGUCGGGAGGCAGAAGGCCGAGGUGGCAGCGCGGGCGGUGCGGGAGAUGAACCCGGCUCUGAACAUCUCAGCUCACCAGAACCGUCUGGGUCCAGAGAGCGAGGGGGUGUACGGCUACAGCUUCUUCAGGCAGCUGGACGGAGUGGCUGCAGCCCUGGACAAUGUGGAGGCCAGAGUGUACCUGGACGGGCUCUGCGUGCGCUACCAGAGGCCCAUGUUAGAAGGGGGUACCCGGGGCACCAAGGGCUCCACUGAGGUGGUGGUUCCUCACCUGACCAAGUCCUACGGCCCUGCCUCCUCCAGCUCUGACAAGGCCAUCCCCCUCUGCACUCUCAAGAACUUCCCUCACCGCAUUGAACACACCCUGCAGUGGGCCAGGGACCAGUUUGAGGGCAUUUUCAAGCACUCAGCAGAAAACGUCAACCAGUAUCUGAGGGAUGCCACCAACUUCCUGUCUCGGCUGGCGGAGCGCGGCGAGGUGGAGGCCCUUGAGGUGCUGGAGGUCGUCAGCGCCAGCGUGAGUGACCUCCGACCCCUGAGCUGGGAGGACUGCGUCCGCUGGGCCCGGCUGCGCUUCGAGACGCUCUACAAUCAUGACAUCCGGCAGCUGCUCCACUGCUUCCCCCCUGGCACGAUGACCAGCUCGGGGGUGCCGUUCUGGACGGGCGCUAAGCGAUGUCCUCAUCCUCUGACCUUUGAUCCAGAGUGUACCACCCAUAUGGACUUCGUGGUGGCAGCCGCUAACCUGUACGCCCAGACGCACGGCAUCCGGGGGGCCAGCCGUGACCGGGGCCCCAUCAAAGCUGCACUGAAGGGGGUCCACGUGCCACAGUUCAGCCCCAAGUCCUCCGUGAAGAUCCACGUGAGUGACGAGGACAUGGAGGGGGACCAAGGGAAGGAUGUGGAUACAGCUCGGUUGGAGGCUCUGAAGGCCGAUUUGUGCUCCACCAGGCCUGAACAGGACCGCCAGGCCCUGAUGAUGCACCCCCUGGAGUUUGAGAAGGAUGACGACAGCAAUUUCCACAUGGACUAUGUGGUGGCAGCCUCCAACCUGCGCGCGGAGAACUACGACAUUCCCACGGCCGAUCGACUCAAGAGCAAGCUCAUAGCUGGGCGCAUCAUCCCAGCCAUCGCCACGACAACGGCAGCUGUGGCGGGCCUGAUGUGCCUGGAGCUCUACAAGUUGGUGCAGGGCCGUGUGCAGAGCCAGGCCUACCGCUCCGCCUUCCUCAACCUGGCUGUGCCGCUCUUCGUCAUGUCUAUGCCUUCCAAGCCCCGCCUCUUUAAGGUGUCGGGGCGGGAGUACUCCCAGUGGGAUGGCAUCCUGGUGGAGGGGAGGCCAAGUGGACAGCAGGAAAUGACCUUGGGAGCCAUGCUGCAGCACAUCAAGCAAGUCCAUGGGUUGGAGGUGUCAAGUCUUUUCUAUGGGCCAGCCAUGUUGUACAGCGCGGGACCAAGCCAUGAGGACAGACUACAGCAGAGGGUGUCUGAAGUGGUGUGUCGUGUCACCAAGAGUGAGCUCCCACCACACACAGAGAUGCUGGAGAUGGUGCCUGAUUUUGUGGGGGAGGACGAGGCGGAGGACGAGGAAGAAGCAGACGCCAUGGCCUAUCUGCCCAUAAGAUAUGUUCUUGUACCUCCCGGACAAAAUUAAGGUCCUUUGGUGAUUUACUGUAUGUCCUUGAAUAAAAAUAAAUUUGUUUGGCAUGGCUGACAAAACAAUUCCAUGUAAAGUGAUUGUCAAAAAUGACCACAGUAACACUCCAGAUCAGAGAUAAAUUACAGGGCAGUGCUUUGUGCCAUUUCCAAAAUGCUCUGGUGAACAUGUGACACUAACUCUGUAACACCCAACCAGAUCAAUAUAAUUGUCUUUCCUCAUGUUUUACAUAUAUUUGCGAGUAUAAUUUAUCACCUGGGUUGUAAUUUGUCCUUAUUUGUAAUUAUUUUGGAAAAUCAAGCCGUGACUGUGAAAUCAUUGGCUUUUUUCAUGCUACGUCAAGACACUUUUGAUUGAAUGCAUUUGAAGCAUGUAUAAGUUGCGUCCAGUGGCAUAGACAUAUGCAGUACAUGCCAUCGACACUGCCACUGUUUUCUGCCAGCACCGAGAGUCCUAUACACCUGCUACGCUUCAAGGCGGAAUGUGUUUGAUGCCAUGACGAUAAAGGCUAAUUGCUGCUGUGGAAUCGUACUCCUCUUGGGGUUCUCGUCAUCUGCAGAACAUCGAGCUGAUGGUGCGUUGAUGUGUUUAUGUUUACCCCUCUACCGUUAUCUGAUGGAGAGACCGCUAUAAGGAAAUGAGCUUGACUCAAAUGGCUAAAUAUGAGUCAUCCUCCUCUCCUUUACAGCUCAUGGGCACCUUCAGGGCGCUAACAUGUGGGAAGAAGCCUACUUAUAUAGUCCCUACAGAAGACUGAAAUACAAUACGUAUUCCUUCUUCUUGGUGAUUAUGAUUGCACAAUAUUUAAAUCACUACAUUUUGAUGUGAAUGUUGAUUGAAUGUUAAAUGUUGAUUAAAACUAUUUAAACUAUUGGUAAGUGUAAAAGUGAUUAACGUCUUCCUUCUUCCUUGGUGAUCAUUAUUGCACAAUAUAGUACAUUUAAAGCACUGAUGACUGGCUGGUUUUCUGUUGGGAGUAUACAUUUUGAUGUGAAUGUUAAUUGAAUGUUACAUUUUGAUUAAAACUAUAGGGAAGUGUAAAACUUAAUUGAGUGUAAGGGCUAAUGUUUUAGAUACUUUUUUCUGAAAUUAAUAAUAGUGGUGUGUCAUGUUAAAAACUAUGCUUAGUGGCUGUAUGAAAAAUGAAACUACAAGGUCCGGCUUAUGUGAAAUGCAGCACAAAAGUGGUAAAGUCAUGUCACGUUUUAUAAAUUUAACUUAAGAUGAUUAACUACUUUCUAAGUGAAGGCUGCUUUUUUAAGAGUGUCUAUUGUAUGCUUUUCUUGGGGACAAUAACAGUUUCCCCAAAUGAGGUGGCGAGUGACAAUAGGUUUUUUUGGCAGAUGUGGAGAAUUCCAGUCCAGUCGGUCCCCUUCACCAUAGUCUCAGCCCCUUUCCAACAAUGCCUUUCCACAAACACUGUAAACCCUCUCAAGCCCAUUCAGAUUCAUGGCCUUCUUUGAAGUGCUGAAAGGGGAUCAAGCAUCUAACUGUGAAUAGUAAAAAAGAAGUCUGUCUUAAAGCUGUAAUUAGGGAGUGUUCUCUUUCUUGUGUGAUGUAUUAUGGGAAGAUCAAGAGAGUUGUUUUUAAAUAGCCUUUCCUCUACUCUGGUUCUACUUUUUUCCAGCUGUCGCUGAUAUAGACAGGGCUGAUGACAGCUGAUAGAUGACAUGUUAAACUUGUGCUUUAUCCCUUUAACACAUUCCGCUAUUAUAUGAAAUGUUUUCUGUUUUGUUGAUGUUUUAAUUAUUUUAAUUUGAAUGUUUAAUUAACGGGUGUCUGAACAAAUAAAAGUUUGAUUGAGGAAACCAACAUUUCUUGCUUUCGACUGUUUCUCUACUCCCUCCCAGGUG